CUUGCUGGCCACACAGUGCAGCGCUGACCAGGAAACCAAUUGGAAGUUUAACUUUAACAUUAUAGUCCAAUUGGCAAGGAUUACUUCACAACAACAAUAGCAGCAACAUGUUCUUCAAACUGUUCUUCGUCUCCUGCCUCGCCUUGGCGCUGGCCAAGCCACAGCAUCAGCAAGCUGCGCAGUUUCCAGCUGGUGUCAAUCCACAGGACUGCCCCAACUUUCCCAUCUGUGAUAAUGCGCGCCUGCACAAUCCACACUCGCAGUGGCAGCAGCCUCAGCCUCAGUGGCAGCCACAGCCUCAAUGGCAGCAGCCUCAGCCUCAAUGGCAGCCACAACCUCAAUGGCAACAGCCACAGCAGCAAUGGCAGCCACAGCCCAGCUGGAAUGCACCCGCACCUGCGCCCGCUGUCGCCGACAAAUAUCCAGCUGGCGUCAAUCCUCAGACCUGCCCCAACUAUCCCUACUGCGAUGUGAAUGCUGGACAUGCUGCUGCUCCCGUUGCUGCGCCACCAUUGCCCGGCUGGACAGAGCGUCUCUAUCCCGCUGGCGUCUCCCCACACCAGUGCCCCAACUUCCCCUACUGCAACUAAGCCGCAGUUUCCUUCUCAACUGCGCUGUCCACCACUCAUUAUCAAGCAUUUCUUUAUCCUUCCUCCUCCUGCUCGACUAUACCACAAACCACCCACUUAGCUUCCUUUCAAGUUCUCGAUUUGUAUAUUACUGUUGUUGGCGUCUAAUAAAUGAUAAACAUGUUGGUCACAUAAAUCAAAA